CAUAUUACUGGACAGUAAUGAAGAUGGGACAAGACCAGAUACUUUUUUUUUGUGUCAAAACACAGAACAUAUUUUUAUAACAGACAUACCCCUGCCCAUCUUCACAACAACUUUGUCAAUAUGACUUGAUCAUGAUAAUUGGCCAUCCAAUGCUAUACCUAGGAGUUUAGCUUCCUCAACUUGCUCAAUGGUCACACCCUUUAUACUCCAGCUGAGGUUUAGGUCUUAGAGAAUGUACUGAAACGGCGCUCUGGUACUAAGUCAUAUGGUUCAUUGGUCUGAUUGGUUGAUAUCAAUGACAAGACUGUAUUCGUGCAGCGAACCAUAUAUGGAAGCUCAGGAGAUCAGGCCGAUUUGCGAGGCUAUUAAUAUCUAGCUGUGGUAGCAUUGUGUUUUCAUAUUUCCUGUUUCUCAGGCCAGGAAAAGCAAAAAUUUAAAGAUGUUCUAAAAAACAUGCCUCUGAAACAAUGGUCUACAAACAUUAUGACACAGGAUAUCUAAAACUUUACUUAAUUUUCAGCAACAAUUAACAUGUAUUGUCAAGUGGCUAUAAUGUUUGCUCGGCAGGUGUAUGAAUGUUUGUAAUAUAUAUGUUUUUAUGUAUUUGUGCUUUCAGAUCUCUACCAAAGGGUAAAUUGAACACCCACCAAAGGGUAAAUUGCAAGGGGGCGUAGCAUUUUCAUGAACUUUUUCAUUGAGCAAGAAAACUUCCUCAAAAGCCUGCAGAUCCAAGAAACCAAAAGUGCUGGUACAUUCCCUGGAGGAGGAAUUCACAAUAAAGCAUACUCAGUCAUAGAGUAAACUUCCAUUGGACAGCUGACAUGAUGUCUGGAGGAGAGGUGGUCUACACAGUGCUGGAGGUGCUGAUCGCCAUUGCCUGCUGCCUGGGGAAUGUGCUGGUUAUCUGGGCAGUGUGGUCAAGCAGUGCUCUGCGGCAGCCCACCUUCUGCUUUAUCGUUUCUCUGGCUGUGGCUGACUUUCUCGUGGGUUCUGUGGCCAUGCCGCUGGCUGUGCUGGUGGAUGGACGGGUGCACUCCUCGUUCAAUGUCUGUCUCUUCAUUAGCUGUGUGGUCAUCAUGUUGACAGUGGCCUCCGUCUUGUCUCUGCUAGCCAUUGCUGUGGACCGAUACCUACGCGUCUUCAUCCCUCUCAGAUACAAAAAGACGGUAACAGAGAGAAGAUCUUGGGUGGUGGUAACAACAUGUUGGUUUGUGGCUUUUAUAUUGAGCUUCCCUCCCAUGUUUGGAUGGAACAACCGUGAAACGUUGUCUCACUCAGAGAACUCAACCACCAUCCUCUGCCAUUUCCUGGCUGUGAUCCCCAUGUCAUACAUUGUUUACUUCAAUUUCUUCCUCUGCACCCUCACCCCGUUAAUUGUCAUGGCUGUCCUGUACAUCUGCAUCUUCUGUACCAUCUGGAGGAACUUGAGGGAGAAAGCGGGGCACGGGGCCCAGUCCCACACCUACUUCAGGAAGGAGAGGAGCCUGGCCCGAUCCCUGGCUCUGGUCCUGGUGCUGUUCGCCUUCUGCUGGCUCCCCCUGCACAUUAUGAACUGUACUGCCUACUUUGGCAGCCCGUCAGACAUACCCCACACAGCCUUCUAUGUGGGCAUCCUCCUUUCCCAUGCAAAUUCAGCUGUCAACCCAGUCGUCUAUGCCUUCAAGAUCCACAAGAUCCAGGGAGCGUACCUGAGGAUCUGGAGGAGGUUCUUUGUGUGUCGCGAUGACAACCUGGGCUCUCAGAGCAAUCAUACCACUGAGAACAAUAUCAGCAGCAACCCUAACGUUGUGAGCAAGGGAUAGUUAAUGAUGUGUUGAAUGAUAAUCCCACAUAUUUAUUCUCUGAUACUUUGAAAAAGAUAAUCCCAGGGAUGCAGAUCAGAUGAAGUGGUCUACAUCAUUAAUAUCAUAAUGAGCAUUAUCUUAUCAUCAAAACCAUACUCACAUUAUAUUUACAUUCUUUACUAAAACUUUAGCUGACAAACUGGUUAUUUUUAUGUUUUUACUUCAGUUUUCAUUGAUUUUAUCAAUCACUAUACAACUGACCACAUGUUGGAUUUGUCUUUUCUCCAUGCUUUGAAUGGCACAAGCUAUGUCUGUCUGUGAUAGAUGGUGGCGUUACUACACUCCAGACUGCCCACACAAUCCAUGCUAAAUUUUAGUCGCUUUUAAAUCAGCCCUACAGACCUCCUGAAAGGUAGAAAUACAAGAAAAGGAUCAAUAAAUAUGCGUGAGUUUGUCUGAUUUGGAAACAGAUAAAACCAAACAAACGGGCUGCUCCAUACGUGUCGAUAGGUAGCCUAUAUUGUUUGUCAGUGUGAGACAGAGGGGGACGUCGCUAGAGUGACAUUUGUGGAAGUAUUGCCACAGAAAUUCAGCAAUUUGUUGAUUUUCUUAAACAUUAUAUAACGUCAUAAUACAUGUAAACAGUAUAUGACAAGUAAUCCUUCAUGUACUAUCAUGCACCCUCUGUUUGUAACAGACCGGCAGAAAAUUAAUGGCAGCGGACCGCGGUACGCUAGCAAAGUUCCCUUUUAUGCCUUUCCCUAACCCUAACCCUUACCUUAACAUCACAAUAUUAUACUUAACCUUAAAGCUUAAACCUUAAUGGUGAAACUGCCAUGUCCGUUUGCGAUAUUAUAACAACAAAAAGGUUACUUCAAACAUUUAUUUUUCCCUCUGACAUAAUUGCACGCGCGAUAGAACGUCAGAGUAUGUUUUCAUCAACCAAACAAAAACAAUAACACAUUUGCUGGGGCAAACUGUGGCACUGUUUCCCCUCACGCAGAUUUCAGCUUUAACCGUAGCCCUUUCCUGCAGUCAAAUGAUCUUGUGGCCUCAUGGGUGGAAUGUUAUUCAUAUUUUUC